CUGCUAUUUUACAUAUACGAUUUUCUGCUAAUAAAACAUUUCGAGCAACAAGAUCACGAUGAAUACACUAUCAAGUCAACAGCUUUUAAAAUAGACUACAGUUUAUGAUUAUAAUAGUUAUUUAAUUGUGAUUUUUUUGUUUUUGUUUUGAAAUAAAUUUUCUUAUUUUUCUUUUUUUGAUUGUUCAUUAAGAUAAAAAGAAAAAAGGGAUUUUGUUUAGAUGAUAAUUAAUAGUGGAUAAAUUAUGUUUCGAUUAACUCAGUGCGUUCUUAGAGGAUCGCAUCAUGCGAUUAAAGAAUCAUUUUUAUAUUCAAGUAAGAUUGAAAUUCUAUGAGAUUAUUUGGUUUUAUUCUUUUUUUUUCUAAAGAUGUUCGAAUGUAUCUAUCAGAUGCUUAUCAAGCAUUUGAUAAAUGGGAUGAAUCAUUAUCAAGUGAAAUUCUACAAAAAACAAAUAUUAGUAAACUUUUGAUUGAUGUUGAACAUAAAUUAAUUAGAAAGAAAUAUAUUAGUUCACUCGACAUUAAAAUUUCACUUGUUCGUGAUUAUCUUGAUCUUGGUCAAAAAGAACGUUUAUUACUUAUUUUACAUGAUAAAGUUAAAUAUGGAAUUUUUCUUGAUCGAUUUCCAGCUAAUCUUUUAUUAAAUGCAUUUUUACUUGAAAAAAAAUACAAAAGUAAAUAUCAAUUGAGUGUUUUUUUUAUUAUGUAG